UUCUUCCCCUUCCUUCUAUAUACAUUCAGACGAAAUUCUUGUACGACUCAAUCAUGUACGCCACUUUAAACACACCCAUAAUCCAGCCAUUCUUUUUUUCGCCCCAAUCACCGCGCAAAAUCGCCCUUUCCCCAAAUUCAGCCCGGUGUCCCGGCCGAAACAAGCGAAAUCCAUGCCCGUCUGCCGUUUCGUUCACGGCCGAGGAAUCUGUGGCCGUGGACACGGUCGGGGGGAGCUUGUACGGGGUUCUUAGAGUUGAACCAACGGCGACCUUGAGAGAGAUUAAGACGGCGUAUCGCACCCUGGCGAAAGUUUACCAUCCCGAUUUAUCGGCGGAGCGCACAGCCGAUGGCCAAGAUUUUAUCGAGAUCCACAACGCUUAUGCCACUUUGUCGGAUCCAGCGGCGAGGGCGGUUUAUGAUCUGUCUUUGGCGGGCAGUAGUAGGAGGACAAAAACGGCGUCGUUUGGUUUUUCGGCUGGUGGCGGAUUUUACCCGAGUCGAAGAUGGGAAACAGACCAGUGUUGGUAGCUGGGUUUUUUGUUUAAGUGACCCGACAUCCCUUUUUUUAACAGGGAAAAGAAAAUACAGAUUUUUUUUUGAGGUAUUAAAUUUCUAUUUUUUCGAUGUUGGGGGUGCCACUGAAAAUACAUUGUAAAUUAAUCAAAUAAACAACUUUUGUUGGAA